UUACUCAAUUAUAAUCUCUAAGGUUUUAUGUACUACCCAGAAGUUUACUGAAAAGACAGUGGAAUUGGAAACACACCCUACGUUAACAUUAUUAUCACCCACGUCCUUUCGAAUGAAUUUUCAUGUAAGUUGAUUAAAGAUCAUAGAAACUAGCAGCCUUGCAGAAGAAGCCACUGAAUAUUUGAGAAAUCUUCUACAGGAACUAGGAACAACACAUAAUGGGGAAAAUUUCUUAAAUCAGAAUUUUUUCUUUGACUAGUAGUCAUACAGUGCAAGUGGAAAUGGGAAAAAGAAAGCUUUCAGAAUCUCAAGCAGGUCCAAGGAACCCAAUCCUGUCAAUUCGAGCUUGUCAUAGUGCAAAAGACCCCCAUGAGAAAUGUACUGCAUGUGCAUCACAUACAGAGUCCAAACCCAAGAAGAAAGUGAAAGACUCAAGUGAUCAUAUCACUUAUGGAAGUGUCAGAGAGAAGAUAUUAAAUGCUACUGCACAGGGGCAGAAGUUAGAGAAGCAGCUGUCCAAGCUAUUGAACAUGAAAUUUCCUAUCAAACUCCAAAAGAAUAAAACUAUUUCAGAAAUUGUAAAGUCUAGUCCAAAGCAGAGUCAAUCAGAAAAGGGACCUAUUUGCUCUUCAUAUUGCUUGAAUAUAUCAGAUUCUACAGACUCUGAUACAGAACUGUCAGAAAUUCGAGGUGUAACCAAACUAAACAAGGAUGGCAUAAACCCAGGUUGCUUUUCUCAAAAUUCAGAAACUUUGAAAGAAGAAAACUGUGCCACUGAGUUGAACCAUUCAGUUGCUGAGACAAAACAUUCACAUCUGGAAGUGGAAAAUCAGACAGACCAUCAACUAAGAGAGAUGGAUGGCUCACAGGAGAAGGAAGCUGUAGAGUUGCAACUAGAAAUUGAGAACCAGAAUAGCUGUCUAUAUAGAGACACAGAUGACUUACAAAUGAAGGGAAACGUAGAAUUGCAACAAGAAAUUGAGAACCAUACUGAUCAUCUCCUAAAGGAAACACAUGAAUCACAAAUUAGGGAAGAUGUAGAAAUUCAAAAUGAUUUGUUGUGUAUGAGCCCAAAUGCUGAAUUCCAGGCAAGCAUGCAAGAAGGAAAUAAUAAAGAUGAUGAAAUUUCGUAUCUGUGGAGACAAAUGCUUACGUCUUUUGAGUGUUCAAAGAAUUCCCAGGAGAAUGUUCUAGAGAAUGUAAGUAAACAUGAACCAGAUUGUAAGCAUUCCUUCCUUCACAGAGAGGAUCUUGGUCGCGUUUGCAUGCUUUGUGGACUGAUUGGCCAAAGAGCUGAAGCAAUAUUUGACUUUGAGUGGUCAAAGGCACGUAGGAGGUCAAAUCAGCCCAGGGACACCUGCCGUGAAAAUUCUAGGAUCUUUUCAGAAGAUAAUAUUAUUGAAGUACACAAUGGUAAAAACACAGCACAAAGAUUUCCUAUACUGAACCUCGUUCUUCAUCCACUAUUGGAAGGACGUAUGCACCAGCAUCAACUUGAUGGUUUUGAGUUCUUGAAAAAAAACCUAAUAGCUGAAAAGCCUGGGGGAUGCAUUUUGGCUCAUGCUCCAGGGACUGGAAAGACUUUUCUUGUAGUAAGUUUUAUUCAAAGUUUUCUAGCCAAGUACCCAGAAGAGAGGCCCUUGAUUGUAGCACCAAAGAGUAUGCUAUGCACAUGGAUGAAGGAACUCAAGCAGUGGGAAAUAGAGCAAGUUUCUCUAUAUAACCUUUAUGAGGUCAACAACAGGCUGGAACCAUCAAGGUGUAACCAGCUGGAGAUAUUGAAAGAAUGGAGAGAGAAAAAAGGUAUUCUUCUUGUCAGUUAUGCUCAAUUCUCAAGCAUAGUGUCUGAGAAGCUGGAGAAGCCUGGGAAUGAUAUGAAGGCCAGCCACCAAUGCCGGAAUAUUCUUCUAGAAUGUCCUGGAUUGCUGAUUUUAGAUGAAGGACACUUCCCACGAAAUAGUGGAACAAACAUAUUGAAUUCCCUUAUGCAGAUUCAUACUAAGCGUAGGGUGCUUUUAUCUGGGACUCUCUUCCAGAAUAAUAUUACAGAGCUAUUUAACCUUUUGAGGCUUGUAAGGCCUGAUAUUCUAGAAGAGGAACUUUUUGAAACCAUUUACAAACGGAUAUUAGAAGGUGAAAAGCAUUUCAAAAGGACACAAAGAAAACAUUAUAUGAUUCAAAAGAUAUUCUGUGAAGAAAUGGAUUAUAAUUUGCAGAAUGGCAGUAAGGAAAUGAAAGCAUCUGCCGUGGGCAAUCUUCAAGAGUUGCUUUCACCAUUCAUCCACUAUUAUAAGGGAGGAAUCCUUGAAAAUUUGCCCGGGCUGACAGAGUUUGUGGUGAUUUUAAAACUCAAUGCUGCACAGCGGGAAGCACUUAAUAGUCUGAAAACCAGUACAGGGUCCAGACUCAGUAAAGAUAUACAGUCUUCUGCUGUUUGCAUACAUCCUUCACUGCUGAAAAUAAGUAUAGGGAAAGAAGACAAUGCUUCUGGCUGGUUGGAUUCUAAUAGUAGCAAUGUUGAUGAUAUAGUAGUGGAUCCUAAUGAUGGUGUGAAGACUAAAUUCGUUCUUGACAUGCUUUCACUUUGCAAUGUGAAUGAAGAGAAGCUGUUAGUUUUUAGCCAGUUCCUUUCCCCUUUAGCCUUAGUUGAAAAUAUGAUUACUAGAACAAAGAACUGGACUAGAGGCAGUGAAAUUCUAAGACUUGAUGGUAACACUGCUUCAGAGGAUAGGGAAACAAUAAUUGACAAAUUCAACAAGUCGAAGGACACAAAGAUUCUUUUUGCCUCAAUUAAAGCAUGUGGAGAAGGCAUUAAUCUUACAGGUGCUAGCAGAGUUAUCAUCCUUGAUAUUGCAUGGAAUCCUGCUAUUACUCGGCAGGCAAUAAGUAGAGCUUUCAGAAUAGGACAGACAAAAAAGGUAUAUGCAUAUCGUCUCAUAGUUGCAGAUACAUUAGAGGAAGAAAUUCAUAGAGCUUCAUUUGACAAGGAAUUUUUGUCAAAGAUGAUUUUUGAUGGAAAUGACCAAUGUGAGAAUUCAGGAUCCCUUAUGCUCGAGGUAAAUGAAAAUGAAUGUGAAGACCCAUUUUUUGAAAGUAAAGCAUUGAAAGAAAACGUCAAAACCCUAUACAAAUUGAAAUUCGUUUGAUGUGUUCCAGUUGAAACAACACCACAUUAAAAUAAAAGGCUUCCAUCAUUAACUUUGUGUUUUUUAACUUGAUGUCUGUGAUUGUGACAUACAAUAUGCUAUGUAAAUCAGAACUUUCAUCUUCAGUUUUUGGCAUCGUGUUCCUAUGAUGGAGGAGAGAAUAAUUCUCUGGUCAUCUUCAAUCCUUCCUGUUUAAUUUACUCCAGUAUGAAAUCGUUAUACAAUUCUAUUGAGCCCAUAGCCUCAUUGAAGAUCUAUAGUUCAUUCCAUAUUCUACUUCUUGGGUGCUGCAGUAGUCCUCAUUAUGUUCAGAGGUGUAUUUGCAAUGGUGGCAAUGUGGGUUGUAAUAGGGUGGAUAAC